UUGCAUCUCCUGCCUCUGUGAAUACGACCACAGUCAGCAGGAUAUUCAGAGAACCCUCCAGCAUUCUGAUGUCCAUCCCUUUGGCCUGUGCAGGACAGCCGCUGCAUGACCACCAGUAUUGCACCAUAUUCAGCCUGGAACAGAUCAAGGUACUCCAAGAAGCCUUCAACAACAACAUGUGCCCAUCGAAGGAGGGGAUCCAGGAACUUGCUUCAAGGCUCCAGCUGAAGGACGUGGUCGUGAAGAUGUGGUUUAGAAAUCAACGAGACAAACUUCAGAUACAGCAGCAAAACCAUCAGUGGAGUUCAUCUCUGGCAGCAUCCAAUCAGGUCAAGGUAGUGAGAAGAGCAUCAUCCAAGCAGGCUACUAGAGAGAUGGGUGCAUCAUCCAGCCAGGCCAAGACAGAGAUGGGUGCAUCACCCAACCAGGUCAAGAGAGUGAAAAAAUCAUCAUCCAACCAGGCACAGAGAGAGAUGGGUGCAUCAUCCAGCCAGGCCAAGAGAGAGAUGGGUGCAUCAUCCAGCCAGGCCAAGAGAGUGAAAAAAUCAUCAUCCAACCAGGCACCAAGAGAGAUGGAUGCGCCACCCAACCAGGUCAAGAGAGUGAAAAAAUCAUCAUCCAACAAGACCAAGGGGGUGAGAAGAGUGUCAUCCAAGCAGUCCAUGAUAGAGAUGGGUGCACCAUCCGACCAGGCCAAGAGAGAGAUGACUGUAUCACCCAAUCAGGCACAGAGAGAGAUGACUGUAUCACCCAAUCAGGCACAGAGAGAGAUGGGUGCAUCAUCCAAUCAGGCACAGAGAGAGAUGGGUGCAUCAUCCAAUCAGGCACCGAGAGAGAUGGGUGCAUCAUCCAGCCAGGCACCGAGAGAGAUGGGUGCAUCAUCCAAUCAGGCACCGAGAGAGAUGACUGUAUCACCCAAUCAGGCACAGAGAGAGAUGACUGUAUCACCCAAUCAGGCACCGAGAGAGAUGGGCUGCAUCAUCCAAUCAGGCACAGAGAGAGAUGGGCGCAUCAUCCAGCCAGGCACCGAGAGAGAUGGGCGCAUCAUCCAGCCAGGCACCGAGAGAGAUGGGCGCAUCAUCCAAUCAGGCACCGAGAGAGAUGGGCGCAUCAUCCAAUCAGGCACCGAGAGAGAUGGGCGCAUCAUCCAAUCAGGCACCGAGAGAGAUGGGCGCAUCAUCCAAUCAGGCACCGAGAGAGAUGGGCGUAUCAUCCAAUCAGGCACCGAGAGAGAUGGGUGCAUCAUCCAGCCAGUCCAAGAGAGUGAGAAAAGCAUCGUCCAACCAGGCCAAGAAAGUGAGAAGAGCGUCAUCCAAGCAGGUAAAUCCCUGAAAGAUGAUGGGAUUUUGGCACCCAAGGCUGACUAUGCUCAGCUACUGAGUACCGGUAUCUCAGACAACAGUGACCAGGAAUCGUGGAAGAAUUUUGGAACAAUGCAACCUGAAGAGUCUGGUGCCUCUGCAGGGAAGUAUGUGGAGCACUCCGAGCUUUUGGACAUCUACCAAAGCAGCCUGGGGCUGGCCCAACCUCCCUGGGCAUCUAUGCCCUUUGACAUAGACACAUUUGUGAGAAUUUAUGACUUGCCUGGGGAUAAUAACCCCCAAGAAUUUGAUAAGUAUCUCUACCCGGGGUGCCUUGACUGACCUACAAACCCAUCUAUAGCUUCGAGGAAAGACCUGAAAAUUCAAAGCUCCCAGUUUUCCAUGGGGAGAUUACCAAAAGUCUGCUCUCACGCUCUUCUGGCUGAGUUCCCAAACUGCCUCUUCAGGGACUUAACUGGGCAGGGGUAGUAGUGAUCCCACAGGCCUGAGCAGGUGCUGCACAGUUCCUAGAAUUUUUUUCUUGGCUAACUCAAGCGUAGAAAACAGAUGUACUGAUUAAACCUGCUCUGGUGGCUACAUUAAAAUGACCCCCAUUAAGGAAAC